AUGAAGAUCUCGGUACCCGCCACGGCUAUCAUUGUCGGAGCGAUCUGCGCGUCCGGCUUCGUCACUGUUCCCACGCAUCUCCCCAACGGGGUCUACGAAGCCCAGCAUCCUCGCGAGCCCUCCGCGCACGCCAUAAUCAAGCGGGUAGACGGCGCUGCGGCGCGCAGUAUCGGCAGCAAGCGGCGCAUCGACCCGAGGAGCAAGCUGCUCGUGGAGACGCUGCCGCUGCCCAAGUCGGGGGAAUUUUGCCGGGCCGAGAACCACACGAUGGCGGUGGCCGACUUCCACGAGGCCGUCAACCGGCUCUUCUACACGCCGCUGUUCUGGCUGCCGCGCAAGUCGGUGCGCUUCGCCAUGCACAACGGGGCGGUGGCGUACCUGUGCAACCUGGGCGACUGGUCCCCGGGCUCGCUGAUUGAGUACAUGGACGCGAUGCGCAUCCUGGACGAGCGGUGCCCGCUGGGCGAGGAGGACGCGGCGGCAGGGAAGGAUGUGGUGCGCGCGGCGAAGCUCUCCAUCACGGCGUGGGAACAGUUUAGCGGCCGCGAGGUGGCGGGCGUGCCGAUUUGCCAGUGGGAGUUCGGGGAGAAGGGCGGCAUGAAGAAUGACCUGCUGAGCAAGCAAAAGGACGGCUGCCGCAACUUCGUGAGCCCGGGCGUGCUGACCAUCUUGGACGCCGAGAUUAAGUGCAAUGAUGAGUUUAUGGGGCCUGGGUUCUGGGAGAAGAUGAGGAUGCUGUUUCCGUGGUAUACCAGGCCGCAGGAGGCUGUCAUCACGGAUUCGGAAGAGUGA